ACCUUCCAAUCUCUCUCUCUCUCUCUCGGAUCGCCUCGCCGAAACAAACCGACGAACCGACCCGACGCGACCGAAUCAACCCCCGCAACCAACCGUGCGCGCGACUCCUCCUCGCGGGGAGGGGGAGGCAGGGGGCGCGAUGCUUCUGGACGGCGGCGGGGUGGCGGCGGCAGCGCUGUACGCGGUGCUGGCGGUGGUGGCGCUGCGGGCGGUGCUGUCUUACAAGUCGGCGGCGCACGCGGCGCGCCGCCUGUGGCGGUGGGCCGACGAGUGGGCCCAGGCGUACCAGUACUACGAGGUGCCGCGCUUCCUCGGCGGCGGCGGGGACGAGAACCCGCUGUUCCGGAAGGCGGCAGCGUACGUGUCGUCGCUGCCGUCGCUGGAGGACGCGGAUGCCGCCUGCGUGCUCUCCUCCGCCAGCAAGAGCAACGACUUCGCGCUGCAGCUCGGCCCCGGCCACACCGCCCGCGACGCCUUCCUCGGGGCCCGCCUCGCGUGGACCAACGCCGGAGGAGGAGCGGCGGCGGGGGCUCGCGAGCGCCUGGUCCUGCGCGUGCGCCGCCACGACCGGACCCGCGUGCUGCGGCCGUACCUGCAGCACGUGGAGUCCGUCGCCGACGAGAUGGAGCUGCGGCGGCGCGAGUUGCGGCUGCACGCCAACACCGGCGCCGCCGCGCCGCGGUGGGCGUCGGCGCCCUUCACCCACCCGGCCACGCUCGACACGGUGGCCAUGGACCCGGAGCUCAAGACCCGCAUCCGCGCCGACCUGGAGACCUUCCUAAAGGGCCGGGCCUACUACCACCGGCUGGGGCGCGUCUGGCGCCGGAGCUACCUGCUCUACGGCCCGCCCGGCACGGGCAAGUCCACGUUCGCCGCGGCGAUGGCGAGGUUCCUCGGGUACGACGUGUACGACGUCGACCUCUCCCGUGGCGGCUGCGACGACGACCUCCGCGCGCUGCUCCUGGACACCGCCCCACGGUCGCUCAUCCUCGUAGAGGACCUCGACCGGUACCUCCGCGGCGGCGACGGGGAGACGUCCGCGGCGAGGGCCGCCAGGGUGCUGGGCUUCAUGGACGGGCUCUCGUCGUGCUGCGGGGAAGAGCGCGUGAUGGUGUUCACCAUGAGCGGCGGGAAGGAGGGCGUGGACCCGGCCGUGCUGCGCCCCGGGAGGCUGGACGUGCACAUCCACUUCACCAUGUGCGACUUCGAAGGGUUCAAGGCUCUGGCCAGCAACUACCUGGGCCUCAAGGACCACAAGCUGUACCCGCAGGUGGAGGAGCGCUUCCACGCCGCCGGUGGCGCUCGCCUCAGCCCCGCCGAGCUCGGCGAGAUCAUGCUUGCCAACCGUGCCUCUCCGAGCCGCGCGCUCCGUACGGUCAUCAACGCGCUGCAGCACGUGUCGCCUCCGGCGCAGGCGCGGACGAGCUCAUCAUCAUCCGCGGCGCCGCGGCCGCCAAGGCUGAGCUCGAGGUCGUCCGGGAACCUCGGCGCGUCCAGCCCGGCGGCGGAGUCCAACGCGGCGAGCCAGUCGCCGGGCAGCGGGGGGUUCGGGAAGGACGCGCCGAUGAGGGAGUUCAAGAAGCUGUACGGGCUGAUCAAGAUCAGGAGCCGCAAGGACGGCAGCGGCGUCGUGCCGGUGGACGACACGGCGUCGGCCAACGGGCGGGGCAGCGACGCCAGCAGCACCGAGAAGGACCGGUGAUUAAUUACUCAAUGAGCAAAUUUUUUUCUGGGUUUUGCUUUCGUGCGUCUUCAAACUUGAUAGUGAUCUCUCAACUUUUAAGCACCUUUUUUUCUCUUCUCAAUUGUAAUUUGGGGGUUGUACAUUGUAGUCUAGCUAGCAAGCCAAAUUGCGAAGGAUGGCACAAGUUGUGCGCUCCGAUGGAAUAUAUAUCCAAAAAAUUCGAAAGAAGAAGCGCAUGGAAAAUCUUUUCCACAAAAAAUUAGUCCUGGUUAUAUCAGUAUACAAACCACAAAUGUACAGUGUUGCUAGCACUCCUAUGAUUGAUCUCACUAUAUAGAUGUAUAGUGUUACUAGCAUUCAGUGCUGAUGCGGUGAUGCCUGUUUGGAGAUAAACACUGUAAAAAUUCAAAUGUGUUUUUGUUGUCGAUCCAAACAUGACUUCAAAAC